UGUUGGGGCAUAGAAUGAAGCUACUGUCGGGAGUACAGUUUGAAAUAUGGCAAAAAGCUUGGAUGAUUUGGUUACCACUUUUUGCAGUAUUUCUUACUUACCUGUGGCUAUGGAGAAGAAGCAAGAAAAAUGGAAAGAGAUUACCACCUGGUCCCAAAGGGUUUCCUAUUUUGGGGAGUCUUCACAUGUUGGGGAAACACCCUUAUCGUGAUCUACACCAACUAGCUCAAAAAUAUGGACCUAUCAUGCACAUGCGAUUGGGUUUUGUGCCCACCAUAGUUGUUUCUUCACCCAAAGCUGCUCAACUCUUCCUCAAGACCCAUGAUCUUAUCUAUGCCAGCAGACCACCUCUUGAAGCUGCAAAGUACAUCUCUUGGGAGCAGAGGAACUUAGCUUUUGCUCAAUAUGGUUCUUACUGGCGCAACACUCGUAAGAUGUGCACGUUGGAAUUACUAAGCCAGGCCAAAAUUAACUCCUUUAGACCACUGAGGGAUGCUGAGCUAGACCUGUUGGUGAAGCAUCUGAGAGAGGCAGCCAAGGAUGGAGCUGUGGUUGAUCUAAGUGCCAGAGUUGCAGCACUCAUUGCAGACACUGCUUGCAGAAUGAUUUUAGGGAAGAAGUACAUGGACCAGGACUUGGAUGAGAAGGGUUUCAAGGCUGUGAUAACAGAGAUAAUGUACUUGACAGCAACUCCUAACAUAGGCGAUUACAUUCCUUAUAUCGGUAAACUUGACCUUCAAGGGCUAAUCAAGCGAAUGAAGGCGACGCGAAAAAUCUUUGAUGAGUUCUUUGACAAAAUCAUCGAUGAACAUAUUGAAUCAAAGAAGGGGGAGAACGAGGUAAAGGACUUUGUCGACGUCAUGCUGGGAUUACUCGGUACUGAAGAAUCGGAGUACUGCGUUGAAAGACCCAAUAUCAAAGCCAUAUUGCUGGAUAUGUUGGCUGGUUCAAUAGAUACUUCUGCGACAGCAAUAGAGUGGGCACUUUCGGAGCUGAUAAAGAAUCCAAGGGUGAUGAAGAAACUCCAAAUGGAACUGGAAAGCGUGGUGGGUAUGGAGAGGAAGGUGGAAGAAUCAGACUUAGAGAAGUUAGAGUAUUUAGACAUGGUUAUAAAGGAAAGCAUGAGGCUGCAUCCAGUGGCACCGUUGCUGAUACCACACGAGUCAAGGGAAGAUUGCAUGGUUGGAGAGUUUUUCAUUCCUAAAAAGUCAAAGGUGAUAGUGAAUGCAUGGGCUAUUAUGAGAGAUCCAAGUGCUUGGAAUGAUGCAGAAAAGUUCUGGCCAGAGAGAUUUGAGGGAAGCAGCAUAGAUCUGAAAGGGCAUGACUUCGAGCUGAUACCAUUUGGAUCUGGAAGAAGAAGCUGUCCAGGAAUGCAACUUGGUCUAACUCUGGUUCGUCAGACAGUGUCACAAGUUGUCCAUUGUUUUGAUUGGAAGCUUCCAAAUAACAUGUUACCAUAUGAGUUGGACAUGACAGAGGAGUUUGGACUCGCAAUGCCAAGGGCCAAUCAUCUUCUUGCCAUUCCCACUCACCGCCUUCACUGUCACACUGAUUGAUCCAGAGAACAAAACCUGUGGCCAACAUUAUAUGUUUUGAAUGAAUAAAAAGAAGACCUUAGAUUUGUAAUAAAUGUAAUUUCUCAUGUCUCUCCCUGUUCAUAGCAGUAAAUGCCUGUAACGGCUUGCUUUGUUUUUUUA